AUGCCUCGCCUACCCUACUCCAUUGUCGAUGUCUUUUCCUCUGUGCCGUAUCAAGGCAACCCGCUCGCAGUCGUCGACAAUACGACAGACUCGCUCACACUCACAAAGGCCCAGAUGCAGUUGAUAGCUCGACAGUUUAAUCUCUCAGAGACAACGUUUAUAUGUCCUCCGACAAAGCCAGGCUCAACCUAUCGGCUUCGUUCAUUCCUUCCGAAUGGCGAGGAAGUCUUCGGAGCUGGACAUAAUUCUCUAGGUGCCUGGUGGCAUAUUGCUGAUUCGAGGUUGGCGGAGCUGCGUGAUACAGAGUCUACUGUCUUCCACCAGGAGUUGGGCGAUUCUGUUCUUCCAGUUGAGGUGUCCUGGUCAGCGCAGGGCGAGAUCCUUAUCACUAUGAGUCAAGGGGCACCACAGCUUUUGGAAAGACAUCCGGAUAAAUCGACACUUGCUGAGGCAUUAGGAAUCGAUUCAUCCGACAUUGGGUUCGAGUACAACGCAAACUCCAUGGCGCAGCCACAAGUUGUGACAACCUCGCCAGCACGACACCUCCUCGUCCCAAUCCGAGAUCAAGAAACAUUGAGCGGCAUUGAUUUUUCCAACUCUGAUGCUAUAGCCCGCGAGCUCGCCAAAACCAAUAGUCAUAACAGCGGAGUAUACGCCUUUACGCCCGUCGGGGAAACGGAUGGCGUUCUGAAUCUGGAGGCUAGGUUUUUCAGUCCGGGAAUGGGUAUGGAGGAUCCUGCUACGGGGUCAGCUGCUGGCCCACUGGCUUUCUUCCUAUGUGGGAAUGGUCUUGUACACGCUUUGAGUGAAGGCAAUGUGGAGGUUCAGGUUGUGCAGGGAUUGAAGAAGGGCCGAGAGUGUGUGAUGAGGUUGCUAGUGAGGAGAGAUGUGAAGACAGACUCGCUGAAGAUUCAAAUCUCGGGAACCGGCGUGCUUGUUUCAGAGGGAACUCUUGUCGUUCCUUCGCGAGACAUCAGUUUCUAG